UUACCUCAAUUUACCUGAGGGACCACCAUAUCUCUCUAGUGGCCUCGACGGGGACAGGACGCCAGCGCUUCCUGUCGCUAUUUUGACUGAUAAAAAAUAAACUAAAAAUAGCGCGCAAUAAAAGGAACCUGGAUGAGAGGCGUAGCCUAACGCCCACUUGACACUGAAGCAGAGGAGGAGAGACUCUCAGGACGGUAUAAUGCUCCAGUCUCUCACACAGUGUAGGAAGGUGGGUAGGUAAGGCCUCCAGCAGUGAUCCCACGAUGGCCCUGGUCACACUCGCAGCUCUCAUUCUCUUCCUACAUCAUCGAGGGGCGUGUGGGGUACACAUCAGAGGCGUGGAGGUGCCCCUGGAGGCCCGGGCAGGGGAGGACGUGCCCCUCAGGUGCUGGGUGGAUCCUUGGCAGGGUCCCCUCUACUCCUUGGCCUGGUGGAAGGAUGGAACCCAGUUCUACCGCAGCGUCCUCACUACCUCCGUCGGGUCCCUCGCCUCUCUCUUCCCCCUGCCCGGCCUCACUGUCAAGGGUGGCGGCGGUGGCAUGGGUCACGUGGUGCUGGUGGGGGUGGAGGUGGCGGCGUCGGGGACCUACAGCUGUGAGGCCGUGGCUGACUUCCCUAGCUUCUCUCAACACUUGGUCACUGCCAACCUCACUGUCGUAGACCCGCCGGACACGCGCCCUGUGAUCGCAGGCUACAAAACCAGGUACUACCCGGGCGAGGUCUUGGCUGCCAACUGCACCGUCCUCAGGGCUCACCCAGCACCUACUGUCUUUUGGUUCAUCAACGGACACCAGGUGGAGGAGGGGCGGCGGGAGGUUAUGGAGGUGACCCUUGAGGCCGACCUCACCUUCACUCUCACCGCCAGGUUCACCCUACGACUCAAGAGACACCACUUCGUCAACGACGCCGUCAACCUCACUUGUGGAGCGCAGGUGGGACAAAGCUUUUGGACCACCACCACAGUCACCACGCGCCGGGCGCUACCACACCACCACCACACCGCCCUCAACCAUCACCUGCAAGAACCAACUGAUGAUAACAAAUCCCCGCCACACUUUGGGUCACAUACUGGAGGAACAUCAACUACCUGCUGUCCGAAUGUGUUGGUAUCGGUGGUGGCGGUGUGUGUGUGGGCGUUGCUGUGGGCGUGAGUACACACCGUGGGAGUACUCGUGGGCGUGAGUACACACCGUGGGAGUACUCGUGGGCGUGUACAUACUGUGGGUGCUAAACACUGCCUACUUCCCGCUAAAGGUUAGGUAGUUGGGCCCCUAAUGCAGGUGUGUCGCUAAAUUUGGAAGGUAAAUUAUUGGCUGAAGCAGAGACAAUAGGAUACACAAUUCCAUACCAGUGUUAACAACUCUAUUGCAGUCAUUAAUCAUGUUUAUGAAUUAUUUCCCAGUGCAUUCAUUUUACACUUUCUGUCCCAUUGAAUCGGAGACCUUUUGCUUUUGGGGUGAAAGUAUCACGAGCUUUCUCAAGGAUAUGGAUCAUAAACUCGUGAAACAAUAGUAGAUUCAAAUGCUGUCAGUUUCCUUGUCUAGCACCUCAAUGUGACAUUCAAGAGAGAAAACAUGACGUUCUCAGUUGCUACAUUGGAUCUGAGGAGGUCUGUAGCCUCUAACAUGUUGCUGUGUUAUUUAGUUACUUAUUAUACAAAACUUAUUUCUAAUAACCAGUCUUGGUAAUCUCUGGUGGAACACUUAUGUUUACAGUAUUAAUUUAAGAUAAACCUUCUUGUGACGCCUCAUGAACGAGACUGAUGGUUUGUGAGUGAUUUCCUGGUGCUGUGUCACCAGGCGACCAGCCCUGCAUGCCACCCACAUCCACAUAAGCACGAGUAUUCACCGUGACCACUGCAGCGAGAGCUAUAGUUAUUGCAGCAGUGUCUACCCGGCACAUGUUAGCGACUAGUGUUCAACUUGUACCUGUUACAUUGUGUGUAAAUCUUUUCAAGAGAUUCUGUGCUCCCAGAUUCACCAAUAUCAUGCUAUGCCAUGGCUAAUGAUUCCAGAAGUCUGUAUCUAAGGUCGCCUUCAUAACACAGACUUACGCUGUAGUUAGUGAUGAAACAGCAAUGGAAGUAUCAAGUAGUUGCAUUGAAUAAAUAUACAUAUGUUGAUUCACUGAGGAAUUUAACUUCAAACCCUUUUGUUUUACUGUAUGUAGCGUAGCGUGGAAAUAAAGUGAGAUACAAUGAAAUUUCAAACUUUCUCUGACUCAUUUACAUU